GGAGGGGAAUGUUUCUUAUGUGACUCCACAGGAACGAACUUGUGCUUUCGUUUUGCUCAGUGUCUGAAGUUGUGUUGGUUUUUGAAUUAUUGCUUUUAUGGCGUGUGUUUAAUAAGAGAGUUCGGUUCUGAAAGGUCUGUGUGUUCCUUGAAUGUGCAUCAUGGGGGCUGAGGUGCUGGUGGAGUUAGAUGUGUGACGCUGAAUGGAGUCCUGUGAAGGAUAGAAAUUCUGAAGAGACGCUGGCUUAUUAAACUGUAAGACAAGGGUUAAAGAUGGAGUUUGUGGAUGUUAAAGAAGAGCUUCCUGAACUGCAGCCUGUCUGCAUUAAAGAAGAGCUUCCUGAACUGCAGCCUGUCUGCAUUAAAGAAGAGCUUCCUGAACUGCAGCCUGUCUGCAUUAAAGAAGAGCUUCCUGAACUGCAGCCUGUCUGCAUUAAAGAAGAGCUUCCUGAACUGCAGCCUGUCUGCAUUAAAGAGGAGCUUCCUGAACUGCAGCCUGUCUUCAUUAAAGAAGAGCGUCCUGAACUGCAGCCUGUCUGCAUUAAAGAGGAGCUUCCUGAACUGCAGCCUGUCUGCAUUAAAGAAGAGCUUCCUGAACUGCAGCCUGUCUGCAUUAAAGAGGAGCUUCCUGAACUGCAGCCUGUCUGCAUUAAAGAGGAGCUUCCUGAACUGCAGCCUGUCUGCAUUAAAGAGGAGCUUCCUGAACUGCAGCCUGUCUACAUUAAAGAAGAGCUUCCUGAACUGCAGCCUGUCUGCAUUAAAGAGGAGCUUCCUGAACUGCAGCCUGUCUUCAUUAAAGAGGAGCUUCCUGAACUGCAGCCUAUCUGCAUUAAAGAGGCCCCUGAACUGGAAGCUUUCCAUAAAAACCCAGAAACUUCCAAGCUUGAGUCUAUAUUAAGUAAAAAAGAGGUAUCUAAAGACCUACAUACUAAUGUUGAUAAGGAGGCGAUUAAGCUGGUUCCCGUUCAACAGGAACAGCGUAUCUCUGAGCUGGUUCCCGUUCACCAGGAACAGUGCAUCUCUGAGCUGGAAGUUGUACGAAUACAUUCUUCUUCACAAUAUGGAAGGCGAGAGCCUUUGCCGUUUGAGACAACAGAGUCUAAUAACCGUUCUACAAUUAGAACUGCCUUGCAUCACUGUUCUGAAUGUGGAAAGAGCUUCAGCCAGUUAGGAAACUUCAAAUAUCACCAGCGAACUCACACAGGAGAGAAACCACAUCUCUGUACUGAAUGUGGAAAGAGUUUCAGUCGCUUUGGACACCUUAAAGGUCACCAGCGAAUUCACACUGGGGUUAAACCAUAUAACUGUACUGAGUGUGGGAAGAGUUUCAGUUAUUUAGGAAACUUAAAAAUACAUCAGCGAGUUCACACAGGAGAGAAACCAUAUCCCUGUUCUGACUGUGGGAAAAGUUUCAGGCAGUUAGGACACCUUAAAGAUCAUCAGCGAAUUCACACAGGAGAGAAACCACAUCAUUGUAUUCACUGUGGGAAGAGUUUCAAAGAAUUAGGGCAUCUUAAAAUACACCAGCGAAUUCACACAGGAGUGAGACCAUAUCACUGUACUGAAUGUGAGAAGAGUUUCAAUGAAUUAGGAACCCUUAAAAAACACCUGCGAAUUCACACAGGAGAGAAACCAUAUCACUGUACUGAUUGUGGCAAGAAUUUUGGUGAAUUAGGAAGCCUUAAGAAACACCUGCGAAUUCACACAGGAGAGAAACCAUAUCACUGUCUUGAAUGUGAAAGAAUGUUUAAUCAGUUAGCACACCUUAAACGACACCAGCGCAUUCACGCAGGAAAGAAAUGAAGGCAUGCUUCUGCUACUAAAGCAUUUGUAGAUUGUAAAGAAUAACUUUGAUAUCUUUAGUUUCAGAUAAGACUUUAAAGUAAAAGACAACUUUUAUGUGAACUUGUUAAAAAACAAAACAAAAAAAAGACGCAUUCACUGCCAUCAAAUGUUGGAGUACCAUUCUUGAAAUCUGCUGUCCCAUACUUGCCUAGUCUUUCUUUUUGUAGAUUGUAGUUUCAUUAAUGACAUAAAUAAACUUUCAUUAAUAAACUCACUUCUAGAACUGUUCGCUUUAUUAUCUCACUUAUUAUCUCACUUCUAUAGUAAAGUUGUGUAAAAGCUUCCAUUUUAAAAAUGAGCAUGCUGUAGUUUUAGCGUUCUGAGCGUAACACUGUGUAUGCAGAGGCAUUCCUCUAUAGCACUUCUUUCUGCAAUCCAAAGUGAAACCAUCAAAGUCAACAGCCCCCAUUUUAUAACAGUAUGUAUGAAAACUCCAAAAUCCAAUGCCCAUAGUCAAUCAGUAGUCUCAGAGCAUGUGUGUGUGUAUAAAAACAUAAGAAGGUUUACAAACAAGAGGUCAUUCGGCC